AUGGCUCCACGAAACUUACUGGAGUUGUUAAGGUCUAGAACCGUUGUCGAUUGUGAUACUAUGGAGUUUCAGGUUGCGAAGUCUCUUGGUCCUUUCACAGAUUGUACCUCUAAUCAAGCAAUUGCAUUUUUCGAGCUUGGGAAACCAGAAAACAAAAGCCUUCUUGAUGAGGCAGUCGAGACGACGAAGAAGCUUCUGGGGGAGUAUACAAAUGUGACUUAUCAUGGGCUGGCAGUGGAAGUUGCGAUGAUUAAAUUACAACUUGCAAUCAGCAGCGUAGUCACGGGAUUUGUUCAUGUUCAAACAGAUCCAUAUCAUUCAUAUGAUACUAAGACAAUGGUAGAGGAUGCACGAAGAAUCAUCUCUAUAUUUAGCCAUCUCGAUCCAGACUUUGAUACUAAGCGAAUUUGUCUAAAAAUUCCAAGUACAUGGGAAGGACUUCAGGCAUGCAAGAUAUUAGAAGCUUCUGGUAUAACAACACUUGCAACUACGCUUUUUACUAUUGAGCAAGCGGCGUUAGCUGGAGAGGUAGGAUGUACAUAUGUGGCGCCUUAUGUCAAUGAACUGAAGGUUCAUUUUGAAGCUGGAUUCAUCGACACCAACAAAGCCCAUAAACUCUGCUUCCAAAUUCAGCAAUACUAUCGCAAACACAACCACAAAGCAAAAGUCCUACCAGCUAGUCUUACAAAUAUCGAUGAGAUUAUGAUGUUGGCGGGCGUAGACCAUAUCACGAUUGCACCUGCACUACUGCGUGAAUUAGCUGCCACAUCUAUCCAGGGAUAUGAGGUAAAAUCCCUAUUUGAUGGAGAUCUUGAAGUGGAAAAUGUGCCCCUGUUGAUGGAAUUUGCGAAUUAUGAGAGUGGCUGGAGGUUAGAUUUCACGAGGAGUGGGAAGGGAGAGGGAGAAAGAAAGUUGAGCCAGCGGCCUAUGGGAAUACACACUGGCGAGACCGGUGCCGUUGAGACCAGAAAUAAGAAACCGGCGUGGGGUGAUAAAUAA